UCAGUGAAAAUCUAAUUUACUAUUUUGUGUAUAGGAUCCUAGGCUAUGUCAUUGCAUUGAAAAAGUAGAUCAGCAAAAUGGAAGACAACUUUGAACUAGAAGACUGCGGUGACCUUUCACCAAUAUUGUUUGCGUGCAACUUGAACAGUGAAAUAUUUACAUCAAACGACCUAAAAACACAAUUAGAAAACCAAUUUUUAAAUUUCGGGCUGGCGCAUUUUGUAUAUUUACCCAGCUUUCGGCGAAUGCGUGUUGAAUACAACACCGCAGAAGAAGCCAUCUUGGCCAAAAUUUCACUUCAUAACACUGUUUUCCAUGAUAAUGAAAUGCAUAUUUAUUUCUCGCAAUCAGCAAUGUCAACACAAGAUACAACAACCUCUCUUGCUCCCCCCAAGGCUGAAAAACAGUUCCUCAUUUCACCACCUGCCUCCCCACCCAUUGGCUGGGAGCCGAUAGAAGAAAACAAACCUAUGUUCAACUUUGAUUUGAUAUCUGCUGUAGUGGAACUGGAACCUGGCCAAAGCCAUGAACUCCAUAAAGCAACAACCACUACACCAAGUGUCGUUGUUCAUAUUUGUGAUAAUUUAUCUUUGUCUGCAUGCCAGCCAACGAAAAUACCACAAACACGGCGGCCGGAGUCAAAAAACAUUUAAUGUCAUUCGUUUUGAGUUGUAAUUGUAAUGUAUGUAUGUUUGUUGUUUUAUGUCUCUUAACAAAGUUAACAUACAUUACAUAUCUAUGUUUCAUAUAUAGUAUAUGUCAUGUGUUAUUGACUAUUGAUUUUUUUUGAUUACCACAUGUUUAAAUGUAGAUAUAUCGUGUUUUAUGUAUGAGUGUUCUGUGCUUCUCAUUUACACUGAAUUCUGCCAUACCCAUAAGUUAUUAAUAACCUAACCACACUGUAGUUUAAAGUUAACAUGCAGGUUAAAUGCAUUUUACUACUGUUUUUCAGUAUUUGUUUUUCUGCAUUUUUGCAAGGUGUUAAUGUUUGCAAUGAACAUAUUGUAGCAUGGUAACAUGAAAGAAUAAAUUUUAUUGGCAUCGUAGAACCUCACUCAUAUAGAAUACUCAAUGCACAAAAAUUAACAAUAUUUAUUUAAAUUUUACUGUAUCAAUAAAUAACUAAGUAAUCCUUGUAAACAUGAGAGGAUAAUAAUGCAAAGAAAAAAAGUUAUAAAGAAAUCUCCCAAAUACAUUUCUGCACAUAAAGUUCCAAGUUUAAGCUUGUGUCCCAUUAUAGAUUGGUGCUGUUUAAAUUAACUUAAUUCCCUCACAAAUUGUCCUACCUUUUUAAAAUUUCCAAACAACUCCCACUUUAAAAUCUCAUGUUAUAACAAAAUGCUGAAAUAAGGCAAUUAUAUGUAAUAAUUUAUCUUGUACUGUUUCUUCUAAACUUUUUAUUUUAUAUAUGUUCAUGCA